CGAGGAAGUACAAGUCAAAUUAUCUUGUUACAGUGGUGUCAGCACAAGAAAGAGUUUGUGUAAAAGAUUUUGCUUUGCUUUUACCUGUCCAGGGAGAUUAUUUCAUCAGAUGAGCACUGGAUUUUACCACCUGAUCUGGGCGCAGGCAGAGGAGAUAGAGUUUAAAAGGAAGUGGGAGAGUGAACGAGAGAAAAGGCAGGCAUGGAGACGUUCAACUCCAAGGACAUGGCUCUGAAGGCCCAGAAAAAGAUCUUGAGCCAAAUGGCCAGCAAGUCUGUGGUGCAGAUGUUCAUCGAUGACACCAGCAGUGAGAUUCUAGAUGAGCUUUACCGUGUAUCAAAAGAGUACUCUGGAAACCGCUCGGUGGCCCAGAAAGUGGUGAAAGAUCUCAUUAAAGUGGUGGUGAAGAUCGCUGUCCUUUUCAGGCACAAUCGAUUCAAUGAUGAGGAGCUAAAGUUGGCUCAGACCUUCAAAAAGAAACUGCAUCAGGGAACCAUGACAGCCAUCAGCUUCCACGAGGUUGAUUUCACAUUUGACAAGGCAGUUAUGUCAGAAAUCCUGAAAGAGUGUAGGGACAUGCUGCUGAAGCUUGUGAACACUCACCUCACACCAAAAUCACAUGGACGCAUCAACCAUGUCUUUAACCAUUACUCUGACCCCGAGCUCCUUACCCAGCUGUACAGCCCAUCUGGGCCUCUCAAGCCCCACCUGACCAAAAUCUGCAAUGGGCUUAACAAACUACUGGAAGACGGGACGUUAUGAGGACAGUUAAAUACUUUCAGACUUUUACAGGAUUGGCAUGGGGGCCGCCUGUGGUCUCAAACUGCGUACAAUGCAACCAAAGAGGCAGAAUAUGAGAACAUUGUGGACUGGCCAAGAGCACUGGACUUCAGUUCAACAUUUGAAAUAAUGUUGCUGUGAUUAUAUUGAAUAUUCAAAUCCAUUCAAUAACACAAGUUGAUAUCAGCCACUAUCACUGCAUAAAUGAGCUCAGAACGAUCAAUUUAAAAAUAUUUUCAUCUGAACAAAUAUUUUAUCUGCAAAACUCCAGCUGUUGCAUGGAGGUUUUCCUAGACUACUUAUUUCUAACAAUGUUUAACCACUGAGGUUCUAUCACUCUGCUGUAAAGUAGACAAGACUGUGUCACCCAUAACUGUAAACAUAUUUGAGCGGAAUGUUUACCUCUCAGGACAACCAAAUAAUGAACACACAAACAAA